AUGUUGGAUAAUGAGGAAGGAAUAUCUGUGGUGGACAAUAUAGUCACCCAGUUUACCACGUACGAAGAUUUCCUGGACUCGCAGAUCACCACCCUAGACCUCUAUUACCUGGAGGAUGAAGACCUAGCCCGCCAGCUGGUGGAGCUGGGAUACAGAGGAAGUGGAGAAGUCGUGAAAAGGGAAGACUAUGAAGCAAGGAAAGCAGCUAUUGAGAUAGCAAGACUUGCAGAAAGGACUCAGAAAAAGACACUCUCUAGUGCUGGCAAAGAAUUUAAAGAUAAUUUUUUGAAAGCACUAGCACAAAGAGAGGAAGACAAUCGCACUGGAAAAGUAACUUCUAUAAUCUUCAUUCGUGACCGAAACGCUCAUGGUCAGGAGUUGUCUGGCUAUAUUGACUAUGCACACAGACUUAAGAUGGAAGAUUUCGAAGUCUACUUUACUGGAAAAAGAAAACUGCUUCCAAGGCCCACUGAUUUGAGCUUUUACAACUGGGAUAGCCAUGUGGCUAUUUUGAACUCAAGUCCCAAUUAUCAAGUGAUUGCUGAUAACUGUGAUGGUUUGCUCUUCAAAUACAAGAGAGAUAGGAAGAUUAUCAAUGUAGAUCCAAAGGUUCACCCAGGCGAUAACUCUACUAGAACUCCUAUCCAAACAGACCUCUACCUACAAGUUGUCAUCUAUGACCAUGUUUCCCGAAGAAAGACUUAA